UAUCUUUCAUUGAUGACGUCAAAUGGCAUGAUAAUAUUGUCAUGUCAAAGAGAUGGAGGUGUUCAAAAUAAAUUAGUUUUUCUUCAUCACUCAUCAUGAUCGUCACCAAGAAUUUAGCCGUAUCAAAUAUCAUUUGCAAAUGAAGUUACGAAUUUAAUAUCAUCGGAUGCAAUUGACUGGGCAAUAAGAAAAAAUUUUUUUGACACACAUCGUGUUUUGACAGUUCGAGAUUUGACCAUUGGUUUGGCAGACGAAGACAUCGAAUCAUGGGAUCGUAUAUCGAGUCAGAUUAUCAAUAUCUUCCUGAUCUAUUUAGCUCACUGACGGAUGUUCUUUGCGAAAAUAGACAGUUUUACUUAGAAAACAAUGGUGCCAGAAAGGGUGAAGAAUUUGCUCAGUGUUUUGAGGAAUUACUCGGAGUCACAACGAAAACAUUGAAAUUGCUUUUGGAAGUUGCUGCUGUAUCGCCGUUAUUUGACUACGAUCCUCAUAUAAAAGGGAACGGUUAUAGGACAAUAGUACGAGUGAUUGAAAUUUGUUUCAGACGGAUUUUUGCCCUGGGAAAAGAUUUUCAGGAAAACAGAACUGGAUUAUUUUUUCGUUCUGAUCAUCAUUAUAAAGAACUUUUUAGUUAUCUACAACUUUCUAAAGGUCUCUUUAGAUUUUUAGAGUUCACCAAACUUAUCUUAGAAUGGAGUGUUGGCAAUGACUUGUUUCCACCUGAAAAUUGCCUUGAGGCAAAGAAAAUAACUGAAAGGCAUCUUCACGAAGUGGAGAAGGAGUGUUUUUAUGGAAGACGACUUGGUUUCUAUUUUAACUCAAGCUUGAGACGUUUCCUAACAACAGUAAGCGUAGUUAUGGCAUCAUAUGGGGAUGGUUAUGCCAAUCAUGAUGGUUCCUUUAGCAUUGCUGCUUCAUCUCUAUUAAAUGGUCCAAAGUACUUAAUAAAUCCAGACCUUAGGGCCAAAAAAAUUAUCUCUCUUAUAACUCUAGUGGAUGUUGAGUUCUGUAAAUCAUUUUGGUGUUUGACAGAACGAUAUGGUUUACAGUUUUUUCCUGUUGUUGUGGGAUCAUCCAUAAAGAUAAAUGAAUUAUUUGAAAUCCCACCAAUAGCUAUAAAUAUCAAAGCAAAAAAUGGAGAAAACCUCACUAUUCAACCUCCAAGUUCGUGGAUUGGUGCAUCACCAAUAAAUGUACAUUUAUUAUCUUUUCAACUUAGAGCAGGACAGAAACGUGAUGAAGCGGGUACUGUAAAAGAAAAUGCUCAAACGAAAACAAAAGCAGACGGUCUUGUUAUCCAUUUGCAUGGUGGAGGAUUUGUUGCCCAAUCAUCUACAUCCCACGAGAUCUAUUUACGAAGUUGGGCAAAGUCAUUGAAUGUUCCAAUUCUUUCUGUUAAUUAUGCACUCGCUCCUGAACUGCCCUUUCCACGAGCCUUAGAGGAAUGCACGUUCGCUUAUAUUUGGGCACUUAAAAACUUUGAUAGACUUGGUACCACUGGAAAAUAUAUCGCAUUAGUUGGUGAUUCUGCCGGUGGAAACCUUUCUGUAUCUCUUUGUCUUAAAGUGGCGUCAUUUGGUUUGCGUCUACCAGAUGGAAUAUUAACAUGCUAUGCUCCGUUUAAUGUCGAAUUUAGUCCUUCGCCCUCACGACUUCUAACUCUUCUUGAUCCUUUGUUACCGGUUGGUAUCCUAACGCAAUGCCUUGCAGCGUACACUGGCAUGUCCACUGGAAAGAGCAAUGAAAGUGAAACAACCAAUGCAGCCGGCGUCUCUUUUGGACCUGACCAAAAAACCUCAACAGAGACCCAAUCGUCGGGAGACAUUACUGUAGACCAAUUUUCAAACAACGUUCAAUCUUCAAAUGAUACUGCGGUAUUACCUGAUCUUGUCAAAGACUCAUCGUCUGAGAGAAGUCGGAUGCGUCAAAAGUCAUCGACAAUAGAAUCAGACAUUUCAAAAAAAAGAAAGCACAUGAUUGGAAAGUCGGUUCCUUAUGUUGAACGUCCUAUUUCUAAUGAAGAACUUUUCAAUGUGACAAAGAAUCCUUUUAUAUCACCUUUAAAGGCAUCAGAUGAACAGUUGGCUACGUUACCACCACUCGAUUUAUUGGCUUGCAGUUUGGAUCCUAUGUUUGAUGAUUCCAUAGAGUUCGCAAAACGUCUUCGUAGCGUUGGCAACAAAGUUGAACUAUACAUAGUCGACGAUCUUCCUCAUGGAUUUCUUAACUUCUAUGUCGUAUGUCAAGAGGCAAGGGAAGCAAACGAACUGUGUAUUGCUUGUAUCAAGAAAAUAUUGCAAGGGAAGAGAAAUAUAAACGAGUCAACUUCGCCCCCGAUUUAUUAAAAUACGUGUUCAAUAUUAACUAUAUGUUAUUGAAAUGCAUCAAAAGUAUAUCAGACUACGUGUACGAAUCUAGGUGAUUAUGAAAAAAAUCUGUAUAGCUAUGUAUAGAAUUAAAAUUUACACAUGCAUUUAUUGCAAGCAGAUACAUUCCAAUGUCCUGUACACAAAGAACGCCAUCCUGUACACAAAGAACCAUAGAUUGUCACGUUGUCUGAAAUUUUUGAUCAGUCAUCGAUUAUAAUCGAUCAUCGGUCCACCACGAAGCGUGUUGUACCUAUGAAUACGUCGCUAGUACAAAGUGAUUACGUUGUCUGCACAAGGUCCUAUGCAUCUUAAAGAGCUUCAUACAGGUGAACUAAUAACGUCAAUUGGGGCUAGAUGUUUUACCGAAACAAUAAAAUUUAAAACAGUUA